AUGGUUACCGGCAACGGAAGAGCACGACCACCCAUUUGCUAUGCACCAAUUGCUGAAAGAGAUAGGAUGCGUAUGGAGUAUUUGAAUAACAAAAUCUGGAGGGAUGAGACUACUUGCACAAACAUGCUUAGGCUUGGUAAAGGAGCAUUUUUUCGGUUCUGUAAUGUGUUCAGGGAACGCCAUUUGCUUGAAGAUACUAUACAUUUGUCUGUUGAGGAGCAAGUUGCAAUGUUCCUCAACACAAUAGGCCACAAUCUGAGAACUAGGUUAGUUGCGACAAAUUUUGAUAGGUCAACUGAAACUACAAGCAGAUAUUUCAACUUAGUAUUGCAUGCUAUUGGUGAGUUGCGAGAUGAAUACAUCAAGCCACCUUCCCUGGAUAUUGCACCUCAAAUUGCAGGCAACCAUCGAUGGGAUCCAUAUUUUAAGGAUUGCAUUGGAGCAAUUGAUGGUACCCACGUGAGAUGUUCUGUGCCUAAGGCCAUGGAGCCAGCUUUUCGUGGUAGAAAGUCUUUCACUUCACAAAAUGUUUUGGCUGCGGUAGAUUUUGGUGGGAGGUUCACAUAUGUGCUGGCUGGUUGGGAGGGCACAGCUCAUGAUGCAACAGUGUUAAAAGAUGCAUUAGAAAGACCUAAUGGCCUACGUGUACCCACAGGUAAAUAUUACUUAGUUGACGCUGGCUAUGGGGCUAAGCCUGGAUUCCUGCCUCCCUUUCGCAAUACAAGAUACCACUUAAACGAAUGGGGACACCAUCCAGUUGAAACUGCUGAGGAAUUGUAUAACCUUAGGCACUCUUCACUUCGCAUAAGGGUUGAGUGUGCAUUUGGUUCGCUGAAGAGGAGAUUCAAAGUCCUUGAUGAGGCCAAGCCCUUUCACCCAUACCCUACGCAAGUUGACAUUGUUCAAGCAUGCUGCAUUAUACAUAAUUGGAUGUUGACUGAUGGGGCUGAUGAUAUCUUCUUAGAAGCACAAAAUGAUCCACCUGAAGCCCCAACGGCAUUGAAUGAACACUUUCGCCAAUCCUUGACUGGAGCACAGAUAAGCAACCAUCAUAGAACUAUUAAGAAGAAGUUUGCAAUGAUCCAAAAAAUCAAAGACACAGUCAGUGGUGCACAGUGGGAUGAUGAAACAUCCACCAUAAGGCUAGAGCAUGAAAUGGCUAUAAACUAUAUUGCGAAGCACAAAGCUGCAGCUGAGUUUAUCAACAGACCAAUAGAGAACUAUCGAGAGAUGCAGAUCAUAUAUGGUGACCGUUUGGCAACUGGGAAGUAUGCUAAAGGGUCAAGCGAACCUAUUGGGACUGUCGCAACAAGCAAUGGACUGUGA